GCUUGUAUAUAUAUAGCUUAGCGUGGUGUUUCAUUCAUCCAUCAUGGCAGACCAAACCUUUCACGUAGCAAUGACCCCAUGGCUUGCGCUGGGCCACCUUACUGCAUUUCUUCACAUGGCCAACAAGCUUGCCAAGAGAGGCCACAGGGUCUCUUUCUUCGUACCAAAAAACACAUCAUCCAAAUUGGAGCAUCUCAAUUUUCAUCCACAUCUCAUCUUCUUCAUUCCCAUCAACGUCCCACACGUUGAUGGCCUCCCUUCUGGUUCUGAAACCACCCAUGAUGUGCCAUUUUCGUCACAGUUCCUUCUCUUGAAGGCCAUGGACCUCACUGAGCCUUUCUUUGAAGCUUCUCUUCGAGAUCUCAAACCCCAUUUCAUCUUCUUCGACUUUCAACACUGGAUGCCUCAGUUGGCACGUCGCUUAAAAAUCAUCAAGGCAUUGCAUUUUUGCACAAUAAGCCCUGCUUCUGUGGCCUAUCUGUUAAGUCCUGAAAGGAAGCUCCUUAAAGAACCUGCUUGUACAGAAACUGAUUACAUGGUCCCUUCGCCUAGCUUUCCUCCUUCAGCUAUUAGGGUUCAACUAUAUGCAUCUAGGAUGUUAGCCAAAAUGACUGUGAAGGAACCUGAGAAUGGAGUUUCAUUUGUGGAGAGAAGUGUGAUCUCAUUCACUCACUGUGACGCAAUUGUUUUCAAAGCAAGCAAGGAAAUGGAAGGUCCUUACAUUGAUUACCUUGAAAGGCAAUCUGCCAAGCCAAUCUUUUUGGCAGGACCAGUUUUGCCUGAUCCGCUGCCAAAUCCAACCUUGGAAGAAAGAUGGGUUAAAUGGCUAGGAAGAUUCAGUGCAAGAUCAAUGAUCUUCGGUGCAUUUGGAAGUGAAUGUAUUCUAAAGAAAGAUCAGUUUCAAGAACUGCUAUUAGGUCUUGAACUCACAGGUAUGACAUUUCUAACUGCACUGAAACCUCCCAUGGGAGCUAAAACGAUUGAAUCAGCAUUGCCUGAAGGGUUUUCUGAAAGAGUACAGGGAAGAGGGGUGGUUUAUGGAGGUUGGGUUCAGCAGGUUUUAAUGUUAAAUCAUCCUUCUGUGGGUUGUUUUCUGAGUCACUGUGGAUCUGGGUCUAUGACAGAAGCAUUAUGUAGUGAGACCCAAUUAGUACUGAUACCUAAUUUUGGAGAUCAAUUCAUUAAUUCAAAAGUCAUGAGUGGAGAUCUGGAAGUGGGAGUGGAGGUAGAGAGAGGAGAAGAAGAUGGAGUCUUCACGGGGGAAUGUGCGUGCAAGGCUGUGAAAGUGGUAAUGGAUAGUCACAGUGAAUUAAGUCAAAAGAUCAGAAAUAAUCAUAAUAAAUGGAGACAAUUGUUAUCAGUCACUGGACUUGAAGAUAACCUUGACGAAUUUGUUCGGAAGUUACAUACUCUAUUAAUAUUGAAUUGAGAAGAUUCUGUUAUGAUGUGAAGGCCAUAGGGUAUUGGAUCUCUAUUCAGCCCAAUGAUUUAGGAGUACAAAAGGUUAGAAGAAAAAUGAGGCAGAGAAGGGCCACGUGGAGGGUCCGUGAUCAGGUUGCUAUAUAGGAGACAAAAGCACGAGAGGCGAGGCAGGCAGAAUAUUAUGUGCUCUUUCUCUCUGAGCGUCUCUCUCUUCCUUUUUUAGUUAUUAUUCUAUUACUCUGUUUCUUGCAAUUUUCAAUCAUUUUUUGUACUUUAUACUUGUCAGUUGAUGAUUGAGGAAUAAAACUAGAACGUAUUUCUUCUUUGAGCUUCUUCAUUUUAGCAUCAUAUCAUUGGUGCUCUUGUUGUCCUUCCCAUGGUUGAUGGUACUUGUCUUGCUAUUCUUACUAAUGAUCUCAAGCAGGUUCAGGAUUUGCUGGAGGAACUUCACCUUGCUUCUCUUGAAUGGGCGACUCUCACGGACUCUUGUCUCGAACAUUUGGAUACCACCUUACGCACUCUCACAUUACAACUGGAAUCAUUUGGUUGUCAUUUGGAUAAUAUGCCUGAGUUGUCUCAGGAGUCGUCUUUUCAACCACCGUCGCCAUUGCAUCACCAGUUUCCUUUCCUCCAGAUCAAGCUCGAUUUUCCCCGAUUUGAUGGCUCUGACCCUCUUAAUUGGAUUUUUUGAGCUGAACCAUUCUUUUGUUAUUAUGAUACCUCUUAACUCGCACCGAUUAAUGGUUGCUUCAGUGCACUUUGAUGAUCAUAUUGUGCCAUGGUUUCAGAUGCUUGUCAAGUUUGGUCAGAUUCAAUCUUGGCUUGAUUUACUCCAUGCUGUGGAAGAUUAUUUUGGUCCUUCCAAAUUUGAUUGCCCUCAUGUUACACUUUUUAAGCUCACUAUGCCGGACUCUUUUGAGACUUAUUAUCAUGAUUUUAUGAUGUUGGCCAACAAGGUGGACGGUCUGAAUAAUGCUAUGCUUAAGGACUGUUUUAUUGGUGGCCUUCCAGCUGAGUUGAAACAUGAAGUUGUAUCUCACGAGCCUCCUUCACUACUCCAUGUUAUUGCUUUGGCUCGCCUUUAUGUGGAAAAGCAAUUGCCAUCUUUCCGUCGGUGGUCGCAUGAAGGUUGUUUCGUCGAUUUCUCCAACUACUCGUGCUUCAAGUUCGGGUUUCAGUCCAACACCUUCCACUGGUUCUAAAGUUGACAGUAUUACUACUUCCUCAUCUUUUGAUUUGUUAUUGACUCCUUCUUUCAAGCUCCAGAGUCCUGUUCGCCAUAUUUCCCCUGCUGAAGUGUAGCUGCGGCAGGAAAAAAGGUUGUGUUAUAACUGUGACGAGAAAUUUUCUUGGAACCAUAAAUGUCCUAAUUGUCAAUUGCUUAUGAUGAUCUCAAAGGAGGAUGAGGUAGUUCCUUCUACUUACGUUGUAGCAGAGGCCAUACCUUCUCCAAUUGUUUCUCCGGAGGCCAUACCAGCUGCACCCUCUACUUUACAUCAUUUGUCCUUACAGGCAUUUCAAGGAUCGGGGGGCCAUUGUAUGAUUCGAUUUGAGGGGAUUUUACAUGGCUUGGCUAUUCAAAUCCUACUUGAUGGGGGUUCUUUCGAUUGUUUUAUACAUCUUCAAAUUGUUCAUCACCUCAAGCUUCUUAUGAAAUCAUUGUCCCAACCGCUUAAGGUUCAAAUCUGUGAUGGGUUUAAUAUGGAUGGUGACGGCAUUGUUAAAGAGUUGCCCAUUUCCAUUAAUGGUUACUUGCUUACUCUUGACAUGUUUGUUACAGAUUGCAAGCUCUGAUUUAGUUAUUGGUGCCGACUGGCUUGCCACAUUAAGGGAUCAUAUGGUUAACUACCGCACGGCUACCCUUAAAUGUUUCAUAAAUGAUUCCUUCAUUAUGUUGCAAGGAUUCCGUUCUCCUUUAUUGCGUGCUUCUCAAUUUCAUCAACUUCGUCGCUUAUCAAUUAUUGACGCUAUCUCAGAAUGUUUUCUUCUUAGCUGCGACGCCAUAACUGUUUCUACUGCUGUUUCGAACCUGGCCAUUUCUCCUUCUACCCCAUUGGAUUUAUCAGCAGUACUGUACUCUUUCAGUGACAUCUUUCAGGUUCCUUCAGAACUUCCUCCUCCUCGUUCUCACGAUCAUUCCAUUCCAUUGUUGCAGAAUAUUCCGCCGGUCAAUGUCCAGUCAUACAGGUACCCUGUUAUUCAGAAGGAGGAGAUUGAGCGUCAGCUCACUGAGAUGUUGAACUCUGGAUUUAUUCAACCUAGUUAAAGCCCAUUUUCUGCCCCUGUGCUUCUAGUUCAUAAGAAGGAUGGCACCUGGUGAUUUUGUAAUGAUUACCGUGCUCUUAAUGUGGUCACUGUUAAGGAUGCACAUCCAGUUCCUACAGUUGAUGAGCUUCUUGAUGAAUUGUACAGAUCUCAAUUUUUCUCAAAGCUCGAUUUACGCUUGGGAUAUCAUCAAAUCUUAGUCAGACCUGAAGAUCGAUUUAAGACCGCUUUUCGUACCCAUCAUGGGCACUAUGUGUCCUUCGGCCUCACCAACGCGCCAGCAACUUUCCAAUCCCUCAUGAAUGAUGUUUUUCGUCCUUACUUAUGCAAGUUUAUUCUUAUUUUGUUUGACGAUAUACUUGUCUACAGUGCUUCAUAGGAAUUACAUUUACAACAUCUUUUGAUAGCCUUGGAGUUAUUACGCCUCCAUAAGCUUUUUGCGAAACUCUCUCAGUGCAUGUUCAGGAAAUCUCAGGUUGAGUAUUUAGGGCACUUGGUGUCUGUGCAUGGAGUGGCUAUGGAUAUGCAAAAGGUUGAGGAUGUGCAAGAGCAGCCCAUUCUUGCCCGUGUCUCACAACUCUGAGCGUUUUUGGGCUUAAUAGGUUAUUAUUGCCGUUUUAUCCACCAUUACGCUUAGCUCACCAGCCCACUUACUCAGCUUUUACGUAAAGACUCUUUUGUUUGGUCUCCUCAGGCCCAAGAUGCUUUUGACUUACUUAAAUGGGCCUUAUCCACAGCUCAAGUACCUGGUUUACCAGAUUUUUCUCGCCCCUUCGUAUUAGAAACUGAUGCAUCGGGGGUGGGGAUCGGCGCUGUUCUCAGCCAACAAGGGCAUCCUAUUGCAUUUUUCUCAAAACAAUUAUAGCCUCGGCUUCAAGCUAAAUCAGGUUACGCCCAGGAGUUGUUGGCUGUCGCUGAGGCUAAGUUUCGCCAUUAUCUCUAUGGCUAUAAGUUCAUGGUCCGUACCGACCACCACAGCCUCCUUUACCUCACUUCUCAGACUAUAUAAAUGCCUGAGCCGCAGGCCUGUCUUCCUAAGCUACUUAGCUAUGAUUUUACAAUUGAGUUUCGUUCUGGCAAAUCAAAUGUUGCUGCAGGUCCUCUAUCGCAUGUGACGUAUGCUGCUUAUACGGUCAUAAAUUCUGAUUUCUUGGAGAAAUUGGUACAGUGCAUUUGCCACUCUAAAGCUUUGCGAGGAUUGACUACUAAAUACCACACGGACCCUGCAACUAUGCCUGGUUACUCAAUCCGUGAUGGACUUCUUUUUUGGUAGCAACGAUUAGUAUUACCGGCAAAUGAACCAGAGUUAAUCAUUCCUCUCUUGCAAGAAUUCCAUUCUUCUCCUAUUGGCGAUCAUGCUGGACUCUUACGUAAACAUGCUCGGUUAGCUACUCUUUUUUGGCCUCAUAUGAGAAGGGACAUUAGAUGUUUUAUUCAGCAAUGUACUGUAUGCCAGUGAGCCAAGUCUUCACAGAUGCAACCGGCAGGUCUCCUCUAUCCACUUCUGAUUCCAACUCAAGUUUGGGAGGAUAUUGCUAUGGAUUUCAUUGUUGGGUUACCUCUUUCUAAGGGUUUUUCAGUCAUUAUGGUGGCUAUUGAUCGUUUAACCAAGUUUGGCCAUUUUGCUCCUCUAAAAGCUAAUUUUACAGCUGCUCAAGUCACCUCUGCCUUUUUAACUACUGUAGUUAAGCUGCAUGGGAUUCCCCGUUCUAUUGUCUCUAAUCGUGACAAAGUGUUCACCAGUGCUUUUUGGUGUCACUUGUUUAAGCUACAAGGCAUUGAAUUGAGGAUGAGUUUGGCCUACCACCCCCAAUCGUAUGGUCAAUCCGAAGUGUUAAACCAUUGCUUGGAGAUGUAUUUGCGGUGUUAUGUUAUGGAUAAUCCAUAGGCGUGGCUUUCCUUCCUUCCCUGGGCAGAAUUCUCUUAUAAUACAUCCUUUUAAAUCGCUAUUGGCAUGACUCCUUUUCAAGCUCUGUAUGGUCGAGAUCCUCCAUCUCUUAUUAAGGUGGAACCUCAGGAUGGGAAGCCCUUAACAUUCAGGCUCACUUGUUUCUUCAAGAUUAAAUCCUCAACCAGUUGAAAGAUAAUCUUCGAAAAGCUCAAGAGCGUAUGAAGCGGUUUGCAAAUCGUCAUAGAUGCGAAGUAGAUUUUGCUGUGGAUGACUUCAUUUAGGCCAAAUUACAGCCUUACAGACAACACUCUCUCAAGUUACAGCAUUAUGAGAAGUUGGGUCCUCACUGGUUUGGACCUUUUUGAAUUUUACAGCGCAUAGGCUCUGUCGCAUACAAGCUAGAACUUCCACAAACAGCACACAUUCACCCAGUAUUUCAUGUUUCCUUGCUCAAGAAGUUUGUCGGGACUACACUACCCCCUCUAAUUUCUCUUCGCUUUCAUUCGGAUGCAUCAGGCUUCUUCGUCGUCCCUGUGGAUGUAGUGCCAGUGUGUCAAGUCAAACUUUGAGGGACUUCAGUUAAUCAGCUGUUGAUCCGAUGGGAUGGUCGUGAUGAGCUUACUUAGGAAUCCAUGAGUCAGCUGUUAUAGGAUUUUCCUACUUUUGACCUUGAGGCCAAGGUCCAAAUUGAUGAGGCGAGUGAUGUUAUAAUGCGAAGGCCACAGGGUAUUGGAUCAUCCAUUCAGCCCAAUGACUCAAGAGUGCUAAAGGUUAGAAGAAGCACGAGGCAGAGAAGGGCCACGUGGAAGGUCCGGGAUCAGGUUGCUAUAUAGGAAACAAAAGCACGAGAGGCGAGACAGGAAGAAUAUUAUGUGCACUUUCUCUCUGAGCGUCUCUCUCUUGCUUUUUCGGUUAUCAUUCUGUUACUUUGUUUCUUGCAAUUUUCAAUCAUUUUCUAUACUUUAUACUUGUCAGUUGAUGAUUGAGGAAUAAAACUAGAAUGUAUUUCUUCUC